UCUUGUACCUAUGGAGGAAGAUGUGUUUGGUAUUGAGCAUCAAGAAACAAUUGGUAUGGAGGAUUUUGAACAAAUUUUUGAACAUACGCAAUUAGGCCUCGGUGUUAUUGAUACAUACAUAAGGUUUUUGUAUGAAAAAUUGAUGCACCCGAGUGGAUUGAGGCAAAGAUUCGCUUUCUUAGCUCCCUUCAAUACCAACUUAGGGUUGAUCAUAUCUAAACCGGAUGAAGUCAUGGCGUAUGUACUCAACCGUUUUAUGACCACCAUAAAUUCAGAAAAGUUAUUCUUUUUACCGUUUAAUACCGGCAACGGUGGACAUUGGUUGUUGGUCGCGAUUAAUCCUAUCAGAGAAGUUGUAUAUUUUCUGGAUUCCUUACACAAUCCAGUUAGUACAUACGAAGCUAUGAAGGAGUUGGUUGAUACCGCUAUACAAGUUUUUCGAGCACAAAGAGGAAGUCAAGUACCAAAGAGUAAAGCCAACAACAUCACAUGGAUUCGAGUGGAGUGUCCUGGGCAGCGUAAUGAAGUAGAUUGCGGUUUUUACAUGUUGCAGUUUAUGAAAGAAAUUCUUCUUUCGAAACAAAUAGAGAUUCCGUCCAAGUACUUUGAUGACUUCAAGUGUGCUACUUACUCAAGAUCUAAGUUGGAUGAACUUAAGGAGGAAUGGUGUCAAUUCAUGAUUGAGUUGAAAGUUGUAUAGGAUAUUGAAGGGUAAAAAGGUUACAAUUGCUGGCAAGAAGAAAAAGUAGAUAUUUAGCAUCCUUUUGACUUGGAUGUAAUUUUGUGUAAUUGUUUUCAUUGAAUUGGAUGUAAUUUUGUUGUUUUGGAUAAAAAUGUUUUGGAUGAUGCAAUUGUUUUCAUUGAAUUGGAUGUAAUUUUGUUGUUGUUUAUUAAUAUAUUCUUAGCAUCU